AUGUUUCCCUUCUGCGCCUGCAAGUUGACUUUUGAGUCGACUCAAAAGUCAACCCAAUCGAGCAGAGGAGAUAUCAGUGUCUCAGUGUCUCAGCCCAUUGCUAGCAUGCACCCCUGGGUGAUGGUGAAGGUGCCACAGGGAGCAGAGCAGGUGCCAGCGUCUCAGCCCAAUGCUGGCAGCGUGGGCGGCAGGAACCAGAGGCACCGCAUGCUGCAGCGCCAGCUGUUCGUCAAGGAGCAGUGGCAGAAAGUGAAGGAGCAGAAGAAGGAGGCUUUGAAGCGAAGAGAUGAGGAGAGGCGGGCGAGAUGGAAGGCUGGCGCUGCAAGAGCAAGGGAGUGGCGGGAGAGGCAACUAGCAGCAGCAGCAGGAGGAGGGGGAGGGGAAGGGGUGGGAGCUACCGUGUAA